UUUCCCAUAAUAAUAACACUACAAGCCCCCCCGCCCGGGCGGCUUUCUCCUCCGUGUCAGUCUCUUGCUCUCUGCGGUUGCUGUUUGCUUGCCUGCGCCAUUCCAUCCCAAGCUUUGCUUCCUCGCUCAACCUCCACGACCUCUGCUCGGCCGGCCAUCUGAGUGAAGAAAGAAAGGAAGAAUCUUCCCCAGUGUUGUGUGGAGACGAUUCUUUCUUGGUGCAAUCUCCUCUUCUUUGCCUCAGUUCAGGCUUUAGCCCCUCGGCAUCCUGAUCUCAUCCAGAGUCGCGUUUUCUUGCAACAGAGCUCUACGCUUCAACUUCCUGUCUCCGAUGGUUCGCAAACGAUUUCAAGAGGCCAAAACUGGCAUUGCAUAUAUAAAGUCAAUGGAUGCAGAGAAGAUUCUAAGCAAGAUAGGGAUGGGGAGAGAAGACCGCUACUUCUGGAAGCAAAUAGGCAAGGCCCUGCUCUGCACUUACACCAUCAUCGGGGCUGUGUGGCUCUACAACGAGACGUCCCCACUUGGGUGGUGGACGCUGAAGCCCCGGCCUAAGGAAGAGAAAGAGCUCGCCCAUCUCUACGAGCGGAGAGAGUUUCCAUCCCCUGGUGAUAAAGAAGCCAUGGAAGAGUUCAUCGCCAAAGGGGGUAUGAUUGGCACGGCCAUCGGGCCUAAGGGGUCCGUGGAGUCGGACAAGGACGCGUACAACUAUCAGAAAGAGCUGCAGACCAAGAAGUUUGAGCAGGAAGCUCAGAAGCUGUGGUUCAGGAUGAGGAACGAGGUCAUUCAGGAGCUUCAAGAGAAAGGGUAUGAUAUUGAGUGAUAUUAUUAACUUAACAAUAAUCUAAAACCAAAGUGUUGUGUGCAAUUAACUGAAUUUAUGUUCGCUGAAAUCAGCACGUUGCACAUCUACAUAAACUAACACCCUAAGGGGAAUAACUACUGCACGGUUUGUAUUUACACCUAAUUACUGGGUCAUAGUUUACUUGGGAUUUAGAAAAUCUAGAAAUUUGUGACCGUUUAGAUCAUACUGAAUCUACAGUGGGGUGCUGAAGAUCAGUCAUCGAUUUUAUUGGACAUGUAACACCUAUCUUUUAAGUAAUUAAUUUCAUGAAAAACUUUGCCUUCCCGAUUAAA